GUCCCGCUGUUCGUUGCACCGCUGUUACGCUCCCCCACUCGCUCCUGGCCUGCUCCUUUCUCCCGUUCAAACCCCACGACCUCCGGAUUUUACGCCUUCGUUUCUACCAGCAAAAAUAUCCUUUCGUCAUGGCCACUCCUCCCCAGGGCGGCCCAGUUCCUCCCCAAGGCGGCCCAGUCCCUCCCCAGGGCCCGCCGCAGGGCAUGCCGCCACCGCUGCGCCCCGGACAGCAGCCUACUCCCGAGCAGAUCGCCUUCAUGCAGCGCCAGCUGGCCGCCGAGGCUGAGAAGCACGGCAUGACGGUCCCGCAAUACGUCGAGCAGCUAAAGAUGCAGGCGAUGCGCCAGCAGCAGAUGCGGAUGGCGCAGCAGGCGCAGCAGGCGCAGCAGCAAGGCCAACCCCAGCAGGCUCCUCAAGGCCAGCCUGUCCAACCCGGCCCUCCUCAGCCUCACGCAAUCGCCAUCGCCAACUUCCUCCGGGGCCAAGACCUCAAGCCGCGGACGUGCAUCUUGAACGAGAAGCGGAAGGACAUGUUCAAAGUCAAGCGCGCCAUCCGCGCCCUCUUCUCCCCGGCCUACGAAAAGGCACGCGCUAAGAACCCUCUGCUCCCGCCCGUUACGGACCGCGCCUCCGCCGAGAACGUCUUCAAGCAGCUUCCGCUGUCCCUUCUGGCGCUCCGCGUCUCCAAGAUCGACCCGCACGAUGGUCACUCGCACGGCAAGAAGAAGCGCGUCAAGGGUCUGUGGACGGUGAAGAUCGAGCAGCAGCAGAAUGCCGACGACGAAAGCCACUACGUCUGGCUUUACGAGGGCAGCCAGUGGAAGACGAAGCUGUAUGCUCUGGGUGCCCUGGUUGCGGUCUUCGCGGUCGUGCUGUUCCCGCUGUGGCCGUUGUUCAUGAGGCAGGGUGUGUGGUAUCUGUCCAUGGGCAUGCUGGGCUUGAUUGGUCUCUUCUUCGCCAUGGCCAUCUUCCGUUUGAUUCUGUUCUGCAUCACUGUCUUCAUCACACCACCCGGUCUCUGGCUCUAUCCCAACCUGUUCGAAGACGUGGGCUUCUUCGAUUCGUUCCGUCCGUUCUGGGCAUGGCAGGAGACCGAAGAGGACAAGCGCCGCGUCAAGGAAAACAAGAAAGCCAAGAAACUGGCCCGCAAGCAAGCCAAAUCCGAAAAGCAUGCCCAUCCAGCCGGUGCUCCCGCCCCUGCAGCUGCAUUCGCUCCCGCUCCCCCCGCCGCCGCCGCGCCGCCGCAACCUGCCGCCACUGAAGAGGCAACUCCGGAGCCGCAAGCAGCAGAACAGCCGGUCGACGAGGCGCCUGCGGCGACGGGUGUCGCGCAGGCCGAGACGGGCGAGACGAGGCAGCGCAUGCAUGCGAGCGUCGAGGAGGCGGAGGAGGAGUAGUAGUAGUAGCAGCAGCAGCAGUUCAUAUGACGAGAAUGACGGUGACGAUGCCCUGUCGCGUGCGAGCGAAGCGUGCUGGAGCCGUUUGCAGCACGAAACAAAAGUAGGGAACGAGCGGCGUGACGUAACGUUACGUGACGUGAUGAAAGAGACAGACGGGCAGGUACCCUUGAGCGGCUGGCCCUUUCUUGGAAGCGAUUGUGUGUGUUGUGUUAGUAGCGUACGUACUGUAACUCCGGGACAGGCGGUUGGGGCUGAGGGGGGCUGAGGAGAGUACUUCGGCCUCGUUCUCCCCUGGCUGGCUGGCUUCUCUUUCUUCGUGGUGCGAGGGUUCUGGUCUGGUCUGGUCUCUGCUGGCUGGCUGGGUUGGGGGGUAUGGAGUUAAUUAAAUGAUUAGUUGCGCGUACAUGAUUUGGUCUUUAAUUCUUCUUCGUAUUUUGAUAGUGCCUUUUUGUUGAAGUAAAUGUUCAUUCCAUCUUGUGCUG